CUUGGUUUAGUGGGGUAAAGGUGAAGAGCUGCAGCUGCAGUCCAGGACAACAUCGUACUGAACGGCUGCUACACCGGCGUAUAAAAGAAAACAAAUCCGCACUAUUUCACAAUAUUUCCGCUGAAAACCUUCAGAUCCACAGAAGGGAGAAGAAAUGGCAAAUCAGCUGUCUCAGUCUGUGCCGGAGCGGACCUUCCAGUACCAAAACAAUCUGCCACCCCUGCCUCUCCCCUCACUGCAGAGCAGCCUUUCUAAGUACCUGGAUGCAGUUCGUCCGUUUGCAUCUGAUGAAGAGUUUAAAGCUACAGAGGACACUGUGAGGAAAUUCCAAGCGGGUGUUGGCCAGGAGCUGCACCAGAAACUCCUGCAAAGAGCCAAGACAAAGAAGAAUUGGUUGGAAGAAUGGUGGUUAGACACAGCGUAUCUGGAGGUCCGCAUCCCCUCUCAGCUGAAUGUGAACUUUGGGGGCCCAGCACCCUACCUGGAGCACUGCUGGCCACCUGCAGAAGGAACUUACCUCCAGAGGGCCAGUAUUACCACAUGGCACACACUGCAGUACUGGAACCUGCUUCGCACGGAGAGACUGGCUCCUCAGAAAACAGGCAAAUCACCGUUAGACAUGGACCAGUUCAGAAUGCUCUUCUGCACCUGUAAAGUACCUGGAGUAAAGAAAGACACCAUUCGAAACUACUUCAAGACAGAGCAUGAGGGACCGUGCCCCUCCCAUUUGGUAGUGAUGUGCCGUGGGAGGAUAUUCACAUUUGAUGCACUUUGUGAUGGAGAAAUCCUCACUCCCCCAGAACUUCUCAGGCAGCUGAGCUAUGUGAAGCAGCGCUGUGACUCAGAGCCAGAGGGAGACGGAGUGGCUGCACUCACCUCAGAGGAGAGGACUCGUUGGGCGAAGGCCAGGGAGCACCUAAUAAGCAUCGAUCCACACAAUAAAACCAUCCUGGAGACCAUACAGAGCAGCUUGUUUGUCAUUUCUCUCGACGAAACGAAACCCUACUCUACCCCAGAGAACUACACAAAUGUGACUGCAGAAGCCCUCACAGGCAACCCUACCAUCCGCUGGGGCGACAAAUCGUACAAUUCAGUCGUGUUCUCAGAUGGCACAUUCGGAUCCACUUGUGAUCACGCACCGUACGAUGCUAUGGUACUGGUAUCUAUGUGCUGGUAUUUGGACCAGCAGCUCAGAGCUACAGAGGGCAAAUGGAAGGGCUUGGAUGCAGUCAGACCAAUAUCCCUCCCCGAAGAGCUGAUGUUCACAGUGGAUGAAAAAGUCAUCAGUGAUAUCAGUCAUGCCAGAAAGCAAUAUCAGGAGUCGGCGCAGGACCUCCAGGUUGUGUGUUAUGCUUUCACAGCAUUUGGUAAAGCCACCAUCAAACAGAAGAAGCUCCAUCCAGACACCUUUGUUCAGCUGGCGAUGCAGCUAGCCUACUACAGACUGCACAAGAAGCCAGGAAGUUGUUAUGAGACAGCAAUGACACGCAAGUUUUAUCAUGGCAGGACGGAGACGAUGCGACCCUGCACCCAGGAGGCUGUAAACUGGUGUAAAGCCAUGAUGGACCCCACAUGCAAUGAUAAUGUCAGGAGGAAGGCCAUGAUGACAGCCUUCAGUAAACACAACAAACUGAUGGCUGAAGCACAGGAAGGACAAGGUUUUGACAGGCAUCUUCUGGGGCUGUAUCUUAUUGCCAAGGAGGAGGGACGUCCAACUCCAGAAUUAUUUAUGGAUCCCCUUUACGCAAAGAGUGGCGGUGGGGGUAACUUUGUGCUGUCAUCCAGUUUGGUGGGCUACACUACAGUUCUGGGGGCUGUGGCUCCCAUGGUGCACCAUGGCUACGGCUUCUUUUACCGCAUCAGAGAUGACAGGAUUGUGAUCUCCAUGUCAGCAUGGAAAUCCUGCCAUGAGACAGAUGCUCCGUCACUGUUCAAUAACUUCAGUAGCUCCCUGCACGAAAUGCUCCACCUGGCCACCACCUCUCAGCUAUAAACUGACUUCAGCAGGAAAACAGGCUAAUUUAGGCAUUCAUGUUAUACCUCUAAAUAUCAAUGCACAUGUAGGUAAGUUCUACUUAAUGUGUGACAGCUAGACUAGCACGGAUCAAUGCAAAGGUGCAGAUUCUGUACCUCUAGUGUUUUUUAUAUGUAAAAGUAAGAUUGAGCUAAUUGUUCUAAUUGUUUUGUGUGUGUACGUCUUUUUCUUUUUCCUGAUUCAAGUGUCACUUUGAAUUUGGCAGUUUGAAAUCCUGACAGUGUUAUUCCACAAUUAAGAUCAAAUGUUAAGUUCAAAGUGGCUAAUAACUGAGGUGCGUUUGCAGUAUGCCUUAGUUUUAACUAUGAAAAAGCCAUUCUAGUAACCAUGAAGGAGGCCAUUAGGCUUGGACUACAGAUGAGUAAAGUUAAAUCACUACUGAAUCAUAAAACUGUUUCCACCGCAAUUUUUUUAAGCAGCUCUAAGUUGUAAAUUUUGACUUAUGGAUGGUUUUAAAAAAAAAAAAAAAAAAAAAAAGCUUCCAUACUGUUGAGAUUGUCUGGGGAAGCAGAUAUUUGAUCCUUCUGUUGAAACCGUGCCUACAGAUAGUGAUAAUAUACUUGAAUACCACAAAAAAGCCUUCGAAUAUAUCCCAUCACAUGAAGUGCACACACUGGACUAACUUAGACACAUUACAAAAAAGUGGGCACGACUCAUUUAAAUAAAAAAUGAUAGCUUUAACAAAUUUAAAAAUCAAAAGCUAAGGUUUGACUUCCAGUUUCUUCAGGUACUGCACAUCACGUGUCCUUCUGCACACAAUGCAACUUUUUUUUUUUUUGCUCUCAUGUCUGAAUGUUGAUAAACGUACAGCGUGUUCACUUGGGUUUAUAAAGAGUGCUGUAAAAUCUGUAGAAACUGUUUCUCUACAUUUGGAUUGAUUGAUUAUGCUUUUAUAAGAGAGAAGACUAUCACUGUGAUUAUACCACUUUGAGGGGAAAAAGUGGCUUUUUAGUUUAGUUUGAAUGUUCUGAGAAUAAAGUUGGAAGAUGUCCACA